AUGAUUGCCAACAAAACCUAUUUGGGUCAUCCCACCAAAAGAAGAAAAACAGCAUCACCAGAUUGGUCUGUACUUCAUACUGACUUGUGGGAAUCAAUCCUGAACCGAUUGUAUGUGGCCGACUUGCUUAGUGCCAGAGCAGUCUGUCAUUCUUGGUGCUCUCUUGCGGAAGCCCGAAUAUCAUCACUAGAGACUCCAUUGUUUGAUCAACCACCUUUGCUCAUACUUCCUAGUGAUGAUGAUGAUGAUCAAGGCAAUAAAAAUAGCAGUUGCUUAUACAAUUUUACACAGAAAAAAGUCUGCAGGCUGAUCAAUAUUCCAGAAUACAUGGGUCAUGCUCAUUACAUUGGAUCAUGUCAUGGGUGGCUGAUAUUUUAUGACCAUAAAGAAGCAGCCCCGUGUAUCUUCAGUCCAUUCUUAGAGGUUCGGAUUCAACUUCCUCUUUUUCGCGGUGCCGUUGUCGAAAGGUUGAAAAUCCCUUAUAUUGAGAAAGCUGUAGUGUCAUCACACCCAAUUCACAGUAAAAACAAGUAUUGGGUUGUAGUAAUAUAUGGUGGUUCUUCAAUGCUUGGAUAUUCAAAGUGCGGAGACAGUGAAUGGACUGCCCUCAAAGAAGCAGAAGCAGAUAAACCCUAUUGUGAUAUCAUAUCCUACAAAGAUUAUAUUUAUGCAUUAGCCAAGACAGGGUCAAUUGAAAUUUGGGAUUUCAACACUUGUAAUUUGAUCCCUACAAAAAAGAUGGACAUUAAGCCUUCUUUUCCUAGGGAAACCUUAGAAUUUGAGAAGUCUGUUCCUCCAAUUUCUUCUUAUACUAGUCGAUGUUACAUGGUGGAAUCGAAGGGUGAUAUUCUGCUUAUUAUGAGGUAUAUUGACAAAUAUAUUCCUGAAGGAAUACUUGUUGGUGAUGAAGAAAACCCAAUACAUUUGUAUCCAUACAUGACAAAGUAUUUUCAUGUUUACAAGCUUAAUUUUGAUCAGACAAAGUGGGUGAAAUUGGAAUCCUUAGGCGAUCACACGCUUUUUUUGGGUGGAAAUCACUCUGUUUUACUAUCUAAAAAAAAGACUUCUCUAUUUUGUAAAAGAAAUUCGAUCUACUUCACGGACGAUUAUUGGCUUCGAAUGCAUGGCCAUCCCAUAUGCAAAGGUCAUGACAAUGGCAGGUUUGAUUUGGAGGAUCAGAGCAUAGAACGAAUUAAUGAAGAUGAUUUGCACAAGAUUAAACCAGCACCCAUUUGGAUUGUUCCUAAUCCAUGGUACUAG